AUGCUGAGCAUAGCUGACGCCGAUGACAGCAAGCUGGUGCUGCUCAGUGCCCUGGGCAGCGUCUUCUGCUGUGGCCUGGUUUUCCUUUACUCUAUUCAGCGCCUGCCGGAUGACCACAAGAGGGAGAGCGCCAGGAUGGCCAAGGCCAUCAGAAACUUCGUGAACACUUGCAUCCAGUUCAAGAAGCCUAAUGUCGUAGCUGUGAAUGGCCCGGCCAUUGGGCUAGGAGCAUCCAUCCUGCCUCUCUGUGAUGUCGUCUGGGCCAAUGAAAAGGCAUGGUUCCAGACGUCCUAUACCACCUUCGGAGAGAGUCCAGACGGUGUUCUGGCCUGGGACCUUCAUCCAGGCAGUCAUGCUCGCAUCAAGGAGCUCGCCUCUUGCAACCCUUUCGUGCUGGAGGAAUCCAAGGCCCUUGUGCACUGUAACAUGAGGCUGGAGCUGGACCAAGCCAAUAGGCGAGAGUGUGAGGUGCUCAAGAAGAUAUGGGGCCCCGCACAGGUCAUGGACUCCAUGCUCAAGUAUGUGAAGAGCAAGAUCGACGAGUUCUGA